AUCCCAAUUCACAUUCGACCAUUUGCAAUUGCGACCCAGACAAACAAACAACACUGCCUUGCCACGUUCGAUUUUGAGCGGUGAAUUACUUGAAUCAUAUUAAAUACUGUAUUGUUUUAAGAAAGUGUAAUAUGGCAAUCGAAGCGAUCUCAGUUCAAUAUGAAUAUAAGAAACAUGUGAACAUAAGACAAGAAAUGGUCGAGAAUUUACGUGAAUGGAUUCGGAAGCAGCCGCAUCUUCCAGCUGAGUUUAUAACUGAUCUUGAUAUAAUACUCGCAUUUCACUGCUGCGAAUAUGACACUGAGCGAACAAAGCACUUGAUUGACCUCAAUUUUACAGUCAGAACAUUGUUCUCGUUUUAUCAAAACAGAGAAGUAAACGAAUGUAUUGAAAAAGCCUUGGACACAUGGUUAGUGACCCCACUAAGCACCUCGACUAAGAAAGGAUAUCGACCGAUAUACUGCCAGAUCUUGGAUUCGGACCCUAAUAAAUUUGUCUAUCAGGAUGCGGUUAGAGCUUUCACAAUGAUUGUGGACUUGUGGCAGUACGAAGAGGGAACUGUACCCGGAAUAGUUAUUAUAUUGAACAUGAAAGACGUAUCGCUUGGACACAUUUCUCAAAUAGAUUUGAUUGUUGCUCGACAAUUCUUUUAUUAUCUGCAGGAAGGUAUGAUAGUGAAACUAAAAGAGUUUCAUUUCAUUAAUGCACCGAGUCAUAUGGAUAAAUUAAUGAUGAUGAUAAGACCGCUUAUGAAGGAUACGUUUUUAAAUGUUAUCAAAGUACACGAAGCUGGUUCUAAGACAAUUGAAGAAUACUUUCCGAUUGCCGCACUGCCAGAAGAAAGUACUGGGAUCAUAUUGAAAGAAAAUAUAUUGAAAAAAUUAAAAGCUAACAGACAGUUUUUUGAAGAUGAAUCCAAGAAAAGAGUCAACGAAGCGAAACGUCCUGGAGGACCAAAAACAAUUUCCUCGUUUUUCUCUAAUGUAGAAACAUCUUUCAAGAAACUUGAAAUAGAUUAAUGGACUUUAAUAUUACUUAAUACAUAUGUACAAACCCAACAUGA